GCUUAUUUUUCUUCUGCUCCUCUCUCUGCUGCACCACCGGGACGACAACGCACUCCAGCCCCUUUUCUUUCUUGAUCUACCAGCGCAUCCACUUCCGUUCCUUUGCAUGAGCAAUGCGGCGUAUUGCCCGACUUCCGUCCUCGCUCGUGCCGCUCGUGGUGCAGGCGCGCUGGCAGUCCAGCGGCGACAAGGAGGCCCCGCCUGCCACCGCUGAGGCGAAGCCGCCAAGGGCAAACUCUGCUGAUGCGGCUGCGGAGACGCCCAAGGCGAUGCCGCAGUCCGCUGACACCUCCGCAAGCGGCGGCGAGCAGGGCGGCUACCACUUUGCCACCAACGAAGUCCUCGACGCCGUCAAGAAGCGCGACUUCAACGCGGUGCAGACGCACGCCUCGAAGCUGGUGCAGAGUCAAUGGAGGGAGUCCUACAACGUCCCCGCCGCCUGCAUCAUCAUUUACAUUGUGAUGUGGUACUGGAUCGCGUGGCGCCGCCGCUCGAUUCGGCGCAAGUGUGAGGCGAUCAUGGCGUCCACGAAGCAGCAGACGGAGGAGAUGGUGGACAUCGUGCGCAACAUGACGGAGAAGUGGAAGUGCGACAUGGCGAAGGCAAACCAGCUGAUGCAGGGCAUCAUCGACAAAAACAGCGAGUUGACGCGUGACAUUGACCGCAUGACGACAGCGCUACGCUCCUGCUCGAUUCGGCCCACGGCUGCUGCUGCGGCGACUCCCUUUGGGAUGGCGGCGAAGAGGGCACCGGUGAUGGCGACGGAGGAGGCACCGGGUGAGCUGAAGGAGGUCACUGAGGCCUCGUUGCCGGACAGGUCGGAGACGAGCGAGUAA